AAAAAAUCUCUUUGAAUUUGUGUUUUCAUAUUAAAAAAAAACAAAGCAAACUUUUUCAUGGCUUUCUUUCUUCACUAUCUUUUCAUCACCGCCAUUAUCUCCGCCGUCAUCUUCCUCCUCUUCCGCGCCUCCCGUAUCCGGCGCCUCCGUUUGCCGCCUGGAAACUUGGGUUUACCUUUUGUCGGCGAGACACUGCAGCUUAUAGCCGCUUACAAGACUGAAAACCCUGAGCCCUUCAUCGACGAGAGGGUGAGCCGAUAUGGCUCGAUCUUCACCACACAUGUUUUUGGCGAACCAACUGUUUUUUCAGCCGACCCGGAAACCAACCGGUUCAUCUUGCAGAACGAAGGGAAGCUGUUCGACUGCAGUUACCCCGGUUCGAUAUCGAAUUUGCUCGGGAAACACUCGUUGCUGUUAAUGAAAGGAAGCCUCCAUAAAAGAAUGCAUUCCCUGACCAUGAGUUUCGCUAACUCGUCGAUAAUCCGGGAUCAUCUUUUGGUCGAUAUAGACCGGCUAGUCCGGCUCAACAUGGACUCAUGGACCGACCAUGUCUUCCUCAUGGAAGAAGCCAAGAAGAUAACCUUCGAGUUAACAGUGAAGCAGCUAAUGAGUUAUGAUCCUGGUGAAUGGAGUGAAAGUUUAAGAAGAGAAUACGUCCUUGUUAUUGAAGGCUUCUUCACUGUUCCUUUCCCUCUCUUUUCCACCACUUACCGUCGAGCAAUCAAAGCUCGGACAAAGGUGGCGGAGGCGUUGAGUUUAAUAGUAAGGGAGAGGAGGAGAGAGUACGAGGGAGGGGAGAAGAAGAAUGAUAUGUUGGCAGCAUUAUUGGCGGGGGAUGACAAUUUCUCAGAUGAACAGAUUGUGGAUUUCUUGGUGGCUUUGCUCGUUGCUGGCUAUGAAACAACAUCCACCAUCAUGACUCUUGCUGUCAAGUUCUUGACUGAGACCCCUCUUGCUUUGGCUCAACUCAGGGAAGAACACGAGGGGAUUAGGGCCAAAAAAACCGAAUCCGAGGCUUUACAAUGGAGUGAUUACAAGUCAAUGCCAUUCACUCAAUGUGUCGUUAAUGAGACUUUACGUGUUGCAAACAUAAUCAGCGGAGUUUUUCGACGAGCAAUGACGGAUAUCAAUAUAAAAGGCUACACAAUCCCAAAAGGUUGGAAGGUUUUCGCAUCAUUUAGGGCCGUACAUCUCGACCCCGAUAAGUUCAAAGACGCUCGCACUUUCAAUCCGUGGAGAUGGCAGAAUAACUCGGGGGUAAGCUGCCCCGGAAAUGUCUACACACCAUUCGGAGGGGGGCCUCGACUGUGCCCAGGUUUUGAGCUUGCUAGAGUAGAACUCUCCGUAUUCUUACACCACCUGGUAACUCGGUUCAGUUGGGAACCUGCCGAGGAGGACAAGCUAGUUUUCUUUCCGACGACCCGAACGCAGAAGCGGUACCCGAUCAACUUGAGGCGUCGAAGUGCAUUGUCUUCUUAGCCAAUGUAAAAGAUAAAAUGUUAGAAGAAGAGGUGCAAUAAAUUUUGGAUGGUGUGGGAUGCAAUGAACAAAGUUAGAAGAAGAAGAAGAAGAAGAAACAAAAUAGAGUUUAGUGAAUGUAAAUCAACUUUAUUCUUUUAUGUUGGGAAUUGCAGUAUUAGUAGGAAGGGAGGUAGCGGGCAUCUAUUUUCAUCCACAUUCAAACUCGUAACAAUGCUCUUAAUGCUAGCAUCCAUCCAGUUCCAUUACAAUCAAAGAGAUGCGACAGUAUUCGAUUUUUCA